ACGCAGGGUGCCAACUUUAGUGGACCCUCAUCCGUUCCGUAAAUUCCGUAUUAUGUGUACCACUGUGAAAGUGUGAAGCACACGGCAAAGAGUGCUUUCCAUUCAACAUUUGUUCUAUAUUUUGCAGUAUUUGCUUAAUAAUUUGGGUAAAAUUUUACUUACUACUCUGGCGGCGUAGUGUUGUGAUGUUGGCAACGACCCUGUCAGGAAGUAAAUAAUUAAUGUUGUUCCUUGUCUGUGGUUGACGGUUUGUUGUAUGACUGUAUGUUCUCCUGUCCGCUGGGUAAAUUAAUUAUCAUCGUAAAGCGAACAUUUCAUAACAAAAUAAUCCAUUAAUGUAAACGUCACAUAAUUCCCAGAAUGAAACCACCGUUGCCGAAGCCUGAAUUUUUCUGAAGAUAAUGUAUUAUUGAGAUAAACGAGAAACUAGUAGUUUUUUGUGAUACUUUCCCUUUCUGGGUUCAUUUCGUAAAUUCAAUGGGUCACAGCUCAGAAUCGGGCGAAACAUCCGCCACAGAGACAGGAGACAAUGUGGAUUACACUGAUGCUAAAGGGUAUGAUACUAGUGCGUUUGUGAAGGUAGUAGUGUCAGACUCUGAAGAUGACUCAAGUCCUACAAAAAAACAGCACACUUGCCACUAUCCUGGGUGCAACAAAGAGUUCAGUAGGCCAUGGCGCCUGGCUGCCCACCUGUCUACGCAUACUGGGGAGCUUCCAUACAAAUGCAGUUUUGAUGGUUGUGACAAAGCAUACACUACUAACAGCCAUCUCAGGAGGCACAUAGCGAACACCCAUCAGCGCAAAGAACUAGAAAUUUUGUUCAGAUGCCCAUUCCCAGGAUGUGAGGCUAAGAUGAAAAGCCAAUGGAACAUAAACAAGCAUUUCAAGUCAAAACAUGAACCAAAAGCUUUUAAAUGCACUGUGUGUGUGGAGAGUUUCCGGAAGCACAGUCAGCUUAAAGCACAUAUGUAUGAGCACACUGGUGUGCCACCUAUUCAAUGCACGAUAUGUAAUGCAGGAUUUCUGAAAAUUGGGGAUCUCAACAGGCACAUGCGAUGUCAUAAACAACACACAUGUUCCAAUGGUGAAUGUAGGCAGGUUUUUGAAACAUGGACACAACUUCGAAAACAUGUGGCACUUGAGCACCCAAAAGAAUACGUCUGUGAUCAUUGUGGAAGAGUAUUCUACAGUAAGACACGCCUCCGGUCACAUGUGAUGGUACAUCAAGAUCCAAGUGAACGUGAAGUGAUCUAUUGCCCUUACAACAAUUGUGGCAGGUACUAUUUUGAAAAGAAGAACCUGGACCACCAUAUCCACGCAUGUCAUGAUAAGAAGAAUUAUCCGUGCUUGCAUCCUGGCUGUGGAAGACAACUAAGUAGUCAGACUACUCUGCGGGCUCACCUUAAGCUGCACAAUCCAAAAGGACCAAUGCCAACUAAACGGAAAAGGCCACGAAAGAAACGCUGUGAUGUAGGUCGCCAUAAGAGAUCGAUGGCUGUGAAGCUCUCUGGUCUUCGCUUAGAAUUUUCUGAGGAAAGGGACCUGGUGGAGGGAAGACUAUUAACAUGCGAGCUUAAUGCUCCAGCUACCUCCGAUGACAUUCCUAUCUGCAGUAGUUAAAGAUUCAUUUUAUACCUGUAGAGGUCUGAUUAACAUUAGUGAUAAUGAUUCUUGGAACUGUAUUGUUAUUAAAGUAGUGUAAAGAACCCAUAUUUACAAAUGUUUGUAACAUCGUGAAAUAAGGAAGUAAAGUAAUGGUACCUUAUGUCAGUGUUGUGCUAGUCAUUUGAUAUCUGAAUGAUAUACCUGUUGCUUACAUAAUAGUCAGGCCCAUCUUAAGGGGAUUACGUAUGGCGGAAUUGGUCAAAAAGUGACAUUUUCGGAUUAUUAUCUCUUAUUAAUAUUUGGUCUCUCCUGAAUAAUUUGAUGCAUUAUUUGUCGAAAAAUUCCAAUUGGAAGUGUAGUUUUUAUCAUUUCAAAGUUAAUAGUGUGUGUGUGUAAAAUUAUCUGGUCGUUCUGCACUGACUAGCCUAAGUAUCUCUAUCUCUUGAACUAUUCAAUCUAGAAGGCUGUGGUUUUCAGCUAUUUAUUCCUUGAAAUCAUGUUAAUGUUUGUGUUAAGAGGUUGGAUGCACUGUGUAAAUAGAAAUGGCGGUAUAGUACAUGCAUUUUGUUUAUUUACUUUGUGGUUGUCGUGUUUCAUAAGUUUUGAACCAAAAACUUAGUAGUUUGGUGUGUUAUUCCACACUCUUAUACCUCUUUUCAGCAUGAUGAAAAGAGAGGGUUGUUUUAAGAAGCGAUGUUUCCAUGGAAAUCAGCAUAUCACAAAAUCUGAAUCCAGUGUUGAUCCUGAAAUUGGUUUUUCACAUACCCAUGAUAAGGACACGCCUACUAGUGCUUUGAAGAGGAAACUUGGAGACCAUGAGGAUUUAUUUAUUGGCAAAGAUCAAAAUAGUUUAGGUUAUGUUCUUUUAGAUUUGAGUGUGUUAGGACAAGUUUUGCAAGAUGCUGUGUCGUGUGAGGUUUGUGGUGGGCAAAUUAGCAUCUCUGAGGAUUCAUCUGCAAGGUGUUGACACAGGUAAAGUUUUAGACAUUGAAGUGCUAACUAAAUACUGUCAUCAGUGUAAAUCAGUUGAUGAAACAAGUGAAAGCCAUAAAACAAAUUGUGCUAAGAAUUAUGAGGGAACUAGUGGGGGUAUGGAGGCUACUGCAGUUGUUUCUAUGUUCAGACAUUCACAACAGGAGAGAGGUGUGUGUUACACUGAGUACUUGGGGGAUGGUGAUUCAAAAGCUUACAAAUCAGUAGUGGAAAGCCAACCUUAUGGUAAUAAGCAGAUUGUUAAGAUUGAAUGUGUGGGUCACAUUCAAAACCGGACAGGAACACAUCUCCGAAAAUUGAAGCAGGCGAAAGGAAAAGAGACGUUAUGAGAUGGAAAGACUCUAAAUGCUAAAGGAAGACUUGCAGACAAAAACAUUGAUGAACUCCAGCAUUAUUAUGGAAUGGCAGUAAGAAACAAUACACAUGACCUACAAGGGAUGAAACGAGCAGUGUGGGCUACAUGAUGGGGUGACGAACUCCAAGUAGAAGGACUGGAACCAACUGAAACAUUGGAUUCUACAUUCUCUUAUUUGUCCUCUUCCAACAACUUAGGUAAAAGAGAAAGAAGAAAAUGCUGUUCAGCAUCUUGGUUACUUUUAUUAACACAGUUUUUCAUGUCCCUUUCAUUUUUUGUGUGCUUCACUUUAGUUUUUACGAGCGGGUUUUUCAAGUAAUUGCAUACAAGAAGCUUUGUCCUCUUCAACAAAUGUGUCGCUUUCAUCGUUUUGAGUAAUAUUGCACUCCUCUACUGCUGUAUCUUCAACAUGAAGAUUGCCAGACAUAUUUCCCCCUUUCAAAAACAAUUGUAGAAAAGCUAAAUGCUUACUCAAGUAAUAUGUUUUCUUUUAAUUCUGGCUAGCACCAGACUUUGGUGGUCUCAGCGAAUGCACAUGUGCUAUUCUAAUACUCCUCCAUCGCUCUCAACAGUUCUUUCCUGAAACAAAAUUUUAAAAAGUAGACAUCAGUGGGAUUUACUUAAAAAUGUUGUUUAAUAAAAUGAAAAAACAAUGUUGUUUAUACAUAUGUAAACACAGUGAGACUUAUCCAACUAUUUAUGAUUUAAAACCCUCAAUUUAGUUAAUAUAUAUGUUAUAGUUCUUAUUUUGUUUUUAUUGUAGUGUCAAACUUGUUGAAAAUGAAGACACACAAUUUUGAUAACUUUUUCUGGUAUCUAGCUACUGGAAGCAGUUUUCAGGAUCUUUCCUUGCAAUUUUACAGAUGUAAAUCAACUGUCAGUUACAUUGUUCAUUUGACUUGUGCUGCUAUAUGUUCUCACUUACAAUUGAGGAAACUUGGAGGCAAAUAUCAAAAUGUUGUUAUGAGUUAUGGAAUUUCCCUAAUUGUAUUGGUUCCCUCGAUGGGAAACAUUUCCACAUUCAGUGUUCCCCAAAUACUGGGUCCACAGACUAUAAUUAUAAAGGCUUCUUUUCAAUAGUUCUAAUGGCUUUGCCAGACACAGAUGGAAUGUCCAUCGCAAUAGAAGUUGGAGACUACGGAUGGAAUAGUGACUGUGCUGUGUUCCGCAAAUCAACACUCAGAGAAUUAUUGCACAGUAAUAAAUUGAGAAUACCCAAAGCAACUCCCUUGCCAGGCGAGGCAAAUGACAAUCCUUUUACAUUCUGCUUUGUGGCAGAUAAAGCAUUCCCUCUCCAGCAUAAUAUAAUGUGGGUCUUUGCAAAAAGAGUUUUAAAUGAUGCAAGAAGAAUAUUCAACUUUCAACUGUCAAGAGGCAGAAAAAGUGUGGAAUGCAGCUUUGGAAUGCUAACUUCAAAAUUUUGUCUAUUUGACCAACCAAUUUAUACCAGCAGAAAUAACACUGUGCAGACUAUUAAGGCAGCAUGCGUGCUUCAUAAUUUUAUACGCAGUCGAGAAGGCCAACCAUACUUUCCACAACAAUUUAAUAAGUGUGCCAUGAUACCAGCAUUACCAAAUAACAGAGUGUUCAGUCAAAGCAACAAUUUGAACGAAGCAAAUCGCUUACAAAAUAAACUAGGUGAAUACUUUCUGAAACCAACUGGUGCAAUCCCUACUCAAUGGAGAUGCGUAAGUUUACAAGACCCAGCCAUUUAGUACAACAAAUUCUUUAUAUACCUGUAAACAGUUCAAAUUAACAUAAAAAAUAUGAAAAUUUAAAAUAAAACAGUUGGGCAUACUUCAUUAUAGAGCACCAUUUGUUACUGAAAAUAAUGUUAAAUUCUUAAAUUUAUCUAGUUCAUGAAAAUUUAAUUUGAAGCAACAUUUUUGUAAAUGACAAUUAUGUUAAAUUGAAUUAUAAUUAAUCUUUGAAAUAUAACUGAAUUACGUAUUUUGUGAGAGCAUUUCAAAAUUUUUACAAUAUGAGUUAAUAAUAUUACAAUUUAAUUACAUACUUGUCUUUUACAUAAUAAAU